AUGCACAUCGUCGACCAAAUGAAGGGACAAUCCUCGGACGAUAAACCAAGCAAGUCGGUACGACGGUCGCAUCGAAAAUCACGCGCAGGAUGUGGGAACUGCAAGAGGCGGCGCAUAAAAUGCGACGAGAAAAAACCCGUCUGCUCCAAUUGCACGGACCGUGCCCUUGAUUGCACAUUUUCUAUUGACAAUGCUGAACACUCUUCGACAAGUCUGCCAGAAACAAGAUCUCGGUUUCGACCGUACACAUUUCUACAUCACGGCUUCAAUGAGAAUGACGAGAAAGGAACUUCUAGCGUCGAUGAAGAAUAUCACGUAGUCUCGACGCACUCCGUCGGCGUGCAAUGCAAUUUCGACGUCCCUUCCACGCGAUACAUCUCCAUAGAUGAUCUACACCUUUUCCAUCAUUUCGCAAUUUCUACAUACGAUACUAUAAGUGACGAUGCCAGCAGCCGUGAACUCUGGCAGGUCCAUGUCCCUCGAUGGGGUAUGGACUUUCCCUCUAUUCAACAUCUCAUCCUUUCCAUUUCUGCACUACACUUGGCUUAUGACUUCCCCAAUCGGCAAGUUGAGUACGUGCGAAAAGCGGAUGAGCAUUUCACAUUUGGGCUGCAGUCGGUGACUGCUGUGUUGGGGUGCCUCAAUAGUCGGACAUGCCAGCAAGUUUACAUCUCGACUACAUUGAUUUGUUUUGUCUACUUUGGGCGAGGGCCGAGAGUUGGGGAGUAUCUUGUGUUUGGUGACCAUGGUCUGUCCGAAUGGAAGGUGCUCAUGAACGGGGUCAGAUCGAUCGUAGAGUCACAUCGGAGCGAGGUAUUCACUGGAGUUUUAGAACCAAAGCCUCAGCCUCUAGCACCCAUUGUCGAGUUGUCGUUAGAGCGGAGUGAGAUGGACAGUCACAUAGCACAGCUACAAGAAAUACGGACGCUGGUUCGGCAAAAGUUGCAACGAGAAAGUGAUGUCACCAUGUACGACAGUGUUAUCGACGACCUAAUUACGGUUAUGAAUGAGGUUCACAAUAAGCGAUCGAUUCGGUGGCCACCAGUGGGCUUGAUGCAACUACUCAUAGGGUGGGUAUACCGACUGCCGGACGCAUUCGUGAAACAGCUCGAACGAAAAGAGCCAACGGCUCUGGUGAUUCUGGCCUACUGGGCUAUGCUUUUGAAGUACAUGCAAACGGAUUUCGAAGAUUGGCCCGAAUGGCCUCUUCGUGAUACGCGAUACAUGAGUUACGGAUCGACCGCCACCGAGGACUCGGAGGCCAGCCUCUUGUCUAUCAGCAGAUUUCAACCGCCACCGAGUCCGACGACUUCGAUCUCGCCUACUGUGAGCGACAAGGGAAAAGCGUCGCCUCCAGUGGAUGUUGUGCGAGUGAAUCUGAGUCCGGCCGUGACAAUAUCCUUUGUCCGAAAGACUCGUUUGUUUCGCAUGCAAUAUUCGCAUAUCGAUAUUGUCAAAGAACUCAACGGAACGCUCAAACAUUUAGUCCUUGGAGGCUCGAAUGGAUCGCAUAGCACCUUUUUACAUGACUUUUCGGGCACUCGACUUCCAAUUCCGCACCUAGAAUAUCCUCGUCUGUCGGAAGACACCCCGCACCGAGUAUCGUUUCUCGAUGAGCAAACAGUUCAAACCGCCAAUACACAAUUCACCACACAACUUUCAUAUACUUUCGAUCACUGGGAUGACUGCGUCCGAUUCCAGGAAUUACUUCUAUCCUCCAAACUCGUCUUCAUCGCCGGUAUAGCCGAGGCCAAAUCUAAAGGCCGCGGCGAGGAAUGCAUCAGCCAAAACCUACGACUCUUACGCGGACGGCACGAGAGGUUAACACUCCUCUUCUUCGCGAAUUCGCAACGAAAAGAACGAAAACGAUACGUAUCUGUGCCAUUGAACUGCAUCGACAAGAUCGAUGUGCCCAAAAAGACCAGCAAGCCCGUGUUGCUGUAUCUGCGGCCAAACUUUGAAAUUCUGGCUGAGAUGAAGGUGCUAUAUUUCCACUUUUUGGAUGAUGACGAGCGAAAGAAAUUUGGCGAAAUCAUCGCACACCACAUCGAGCGGUAG